UUAGGAUUUUAUUGUCGAAGAUAUACAGAGAAGUCACUUGAAUGUUGGUGCUGAAUAAUGUUGAUAAAACGUUGGUAAACCCCAUUCUAACAAUCAGAUGUUUCCUUUAGUAGUUUGGUAAAAACGUAUAACGGUCUGAUUGAUUGUUUACAUCUGAAAAUGAAUACCAGAUGGCAUUGGCAUUAAACAAUAUAUAUCAUCAAUAUUCAUCAUUUUUUAAAGACUGAAGAAAAUGGUUAUACAGAAAACUGAGAAAUAUUUCUUGUGGGAGUGACAUUUCUUUACUUCAUUACCUAGAAUAUGUACUGGACGAUUUUCAUGUUCCAAUUAAAUGUGAAAAAAUUACCAAAGGACAUUGCAAGUCCUUCUCUGAUGCCAACAGAGAUAAAAGUUGAUGGAAAUAUUGCAACUGACAGGAUUUGAUUAAUGCUGUAAUAAGUAGAGAAAAAAUAUGAAUAUAAUUGUCCUGGGAAAAGAAAAUAUUGAAGAAUGAGUUUCCCUGAAGAAUUGCCAAAAGAGAUAGGGGAAUCAUCAUACCACUGUGAUAUCUGUAAAAAGUCAUUCUCUCUGAAAAGUAAGCUUGUUACUCAUAAAUGUAUUGACAAAGAAGAGAAAGCAGAGAAACGAUAUCCUUGUGAUAUCUGUGGGAAAUCUUUCACUGUAAAACUUAACUUAACUGAACAUAGGGGUACACAUACAGGAGAGAAGCCACACAACUGUGAUAUCUGUGGUAAAUCAUUUGUUGCAAGAAGUAAGCUAACUGAGCAUAAAAAUAUACAUACAGGAGAGAGACCAUAUAAAUGUGAUAUCUGUGACAAAUCAUUCUUACGUAAACAUAACUUAAUUACUCACAAACACCUCCAUACUGGAAAGAAACCCUAUAAAUGUGAUACCUGUGGUAAAUCAUUCUCUCUAAGAGGUCACCUAACCAGUCAUGGCCGUAUCCAUACAGGUGAAAAGCCAUAUCACUGUGAUAUCUGUGGUAAAUCGUUUGCUCACACUGAUGGCCUAACUAGGCACAUACGUGUUCAUACAGGAGAGAAGCCAUAUAAAUGUAAAAUGUGUGGUGACUCAUUCUCAGACAGUGGUAAUUUAACUAAACACAAAAAGAUUCACACAGGAGAGAAGUCAUAUCACUGUGAUAUCUGUGGAAAAUCAUUCUUUCAAAAAGUUCAUUUACUAUCUCACAAACGCAUUCAUACUGGAGAAAAACCAUAUCAGUGUGAUAUCUGUGGUAAAUCAUUCAGUAAUGGAAGCUCGGUUACUACACACAAACGUAUCCAUACAGGAGAGAAGCCUUAUCACUGUGAUAUUUGUAGUAAGUCAUUCAGCUUUGGCAGUAAAUUAACUGUUCAUAAACGUAUUCAUACAGGGGAAAAACCAUAUGGCUGUGAUGUCUGUGGUAAGUCAUUUAGUAACAGGAGUGCAGUAACUUCUCAUAAACGUAUUCAUACAGGAGAGAAACUAUAUCAAUGUGACAUCUGUGGUAAAUCAUUCCCCGCUGGAAGUAAAUUAACUGUUCACAAACGUAUUCAUACAGGGGAAAAACCUUAUGAAUGUGAAACCUGUGGUAGAUCUUUCCCCUACGCAAGUGGAUUAACUGUUCACAAACGUAUUCAUACAGGGGAAAAACCAUAUAAUUGUGAAACUUGUGGUAAAUCAUUCACUCGAAGAAGCCAAUUAAUGAUACACAAGAGACGCAUUCAUACAGGAGAGAAACCCUAUCCGUGCGAUGUCUGUGGUAAAUCUUUCACUGAUGGAAGUGGAUUAAAUGUUCACAAACGUAUGCACACAGGGGAAAAACCAUAUCACUGUGACCUCUGUGGUAAAUCAUUCCGCUAUUCAGGUGCAAUAACUGUUCACAAACGUAUUCAUUCAGAAAGCAAACCGUAUGACUGUAAUUUCUGUGGUAAAUCAUUCUCUGGAACAAGUCAAUUGACGAUACACAAAAGACACAUUCAUACAAAAGAGAAAACAUAUCACUGUAAUAUCUGUGGUAAAUCGUUCUCUGCUCAAAGUCCAUUAAAUUAUCACAAACGCAUUCAUACUGGGGAAAAACCAUACCACUGUGAUAUCUGUGGUAAAUCAUUCGGUUAUUCAAGUGGAUUAACU